CGACUGCAGCUGAGCCCUGAUUUCAGUUUGACUGUCAGAGAGCUGACACUGCAGGACAGUGGGGUGUAUCGGCGUACAGGGCUGAAGGCAGCUGGUGGACAGAUUCCCACACACACCAUCCACCUGAGUGUUUAUGAAAAGAUAACUGCUGUGCAGAUCAAGUCAGAUCUCACCUGGAUGCCAGUGAACGAAACCUGUGAGGUACAUGUGAUGUGCAGCUCAUCAGGUGACCAAAGUGCCUCCUACACCUGGAGGAAGGGGGACCAGACAGUGAGGGGCAGAGAGCUGCACUUCUCUCUCUCACCAGCAGAGGGGGGUGUUACUGUCACCUGUACUGUUCAUAAUGGUGUCAGUGAGAAGAGCACGAAUGACACUGUGAUGUGCACUUUUGCAGUGCUCAACGUGAACCUCUCGGGAAAGGCCACCCUUAAGAUCAUCCAGACCUACGCUCCCACCAGUGCCAGUGACGACGAUGAAGUGGAAGAGUUCUAUCGCCAGCUAGACAUGAUGCUAGCUCGGAAAUCCACUUACACCGUCGUGAUGGGAGAUUUCAAUGCAAAGGUCGGAAAAGGGAGGCAAGGUGAAAGAGGAGAUGCAAAUUACGAGUACUACAACAUCAUCCAGUCAACCUGA